GCAUCCUCUGGCCUUAGCUGCCCGUUCCCAUUAUUCCCUCUUCUCUCUCUACCCUCCUCUUUCUAUAUCUCUAUCUCCCCUUCCACACUGCUUUAUAUUGAUGUUGGCAAAAUCUUAAAGUAAUCUCUCAGAUUCUGGAUUACUUAUUAUUAUGUCUUGGAGAAAUUGGUAAAGAAACAUUUUGUAUAAGGUAAGUGCAGUGCGUCUUGAAGGGAUUCUCUAAGUGAGUGAGUAUUGUGGCAUGAGCAUAGAACAUGCAUGUAAUCAAUGAUCUUCUUUGGAGAGAAUCACAGCUUGGCCACUCUUCUUUUCAGAAAGACAUUUUGAUUCCACUAAAAAACUUGGCAUUGAGAGAAUUAGACAAUGAGAGAGAAUCUACUCAAAUUCAACAGUGUGCCCCACUAGUCAACCUUCUUUUGUCUAUAAACCCGUCACUUCAAGUACUAGUAGUGGCUUCUGACGAUUACUCCAUCAACAUCAUAAUCACAUGCAUGGGAACAAAGAUUGUUGAGCCAAUUACGACAAACUCAUCUGGGUUAAAGAGUGCUGAGCGUAGUGGAUUUAUCAGAUUUGGUGUACAUGGUCAAAGAAAAUCUUCAAAGGUGACGUUGACAGACAACAAAGAGGAGGAAGAAGGAGAUUUUGUUAUAAGGUCAAUGGAUAGGUCUCUUGAAAAGCAAAAAGCUGAAUCGAUCAGACAUACAAUGCAAACCCAAGAAGAUGUUUUCAAGCAACAGGUACGAGAGCUACAUAGAGUAUAUAAGAUACAGAAAAUGAUGAUGGACCAGCUCAAACAUAGAAGCCAAUAUUGUACUAUUAACAACAAAGACCUAACCGGUCCAAGAGAGAGAACCGGAACCUGGUCAGACAUAGACCUCGAAAGUGAGGUUAGAGUCAGGAACAAAACGACGGAUCAUAUUGAAGAGAGCGAACUAGAACUGACAUUGAGCAUUGGAAUGUCUUCUUCAUCUACGAACAAGGACAUGGACUACUCAUCGACAACGUCGUUAAGAUCAUCAUCAGAUAACUGUAAUAAUCAGAGCAAUAAUAACAAUAACAGUAAUAACCAAGAAAGUAGUGGACCAAACACGCCUAUGAGCAGCUCAAGUACGACGUCAUUGGAUCGAGAGAAGAAGAGACCUCAUUGGCUCUUUCAAGGGCUUAGUAUUAACCGAAGUUCUUGAUUUUUGUUAAUUCACUGACUAUCUUUUUCUUCUUUUUUUGUCUUCUUGACCUUUUUUUUCUUUUGUAUCUGAUUUAGCACCGAUAAAUCACUAAGUAUUUUGUUUUCUGUA